GGACCUACAGUUUCAAGUCGAUAUGCAGUCACAAAUGAGCAGCGCGAUGGAAAAUGCCAAGGGAGCUGCCGCUACAGUCUCCGAGCGUGUCACGGAUUUUCUGCAAGGCAAUCCAUUUGAAACUCCUGUUGGACGUAAAAUCGAGAUGGCCACAGAUGCGACGAUACUUGAAGCUGAAAAUUGGGGAUUGAACAUGGAGAUCUGCGACUUCAUCAACAGCACUGUCGAGGGAGGUCGCGAUGCAAUGCGUGCCAUUCGAAAACGCUUGCACACACAGAUGUCGAAGAAUCAUGCCGGUGUGAUGUACACACUGACAGUGCUCGAGACAUGUGUUAAGAACUGUGAUAUUCGGUUCCAUGAAUUGGUGUGUCAGAAGGAAUUCGUCAACGAUUUGGUCAGAUUGAUUGGGCCAAAGUACGAUGCACCACAAGUGGUGCAGGAGCGUGUACUUACUUUGAUAAAGGCAUGGAACGAUGCAUUCCGUGAUGAUCAGCGAUUGCAGGGAGUCUGCCAGGUGUAUGAUGAUUUAAAAGCGAAAGGUGUUGAGUUCCCGGUAAUAGAUCCCGAAUCAACAGCGCCAAUUCUAACGCCGAAACGAUGUGCGACUGGCGUUCCCCUGCAUCUCGCUGAUCCGAUAGAGCUAUCCGGUGAACAGCUCGUGAAGCUACGUAAGGAUCUUGAUGUGGUCCAAACCAACUUAUCGAAUCAUCAAUGCCGAAGCUAGGA